UGAGUCUCCUCACGUGUGGCCUGCCUGCAGCUGCGCCCCGCUCCGGCUUCGCUCAUGCUACCGGCAGCGCUGCACACCCGCGUGUCUGUCUCUGCGUGUCUCUGUGUCUCUGUGUGGACAGACCACCUCACAUAAUGCCAUCUUUUGAUGAGGUUUUGAAGGAAGCUGGGGAAUUCGGAAGAUUUCAAAAGAGGGUCUUUUUCCUCCUUAGCCAGACAGGCAUAACUUUUUCUUCCCUGUUUGCAAGCGUGGUUUUCCUUGGGCGGGCACCAGAGAACUUCUGGUGCAGGAUCCCUGGGGCAGCUGAAUUAAGUAAACGAUGUGGCUGGACGCUGGAAGAGGAACGAAACUUCACAGUACUACCCCUGCACCUGGGGAACAAGUCUUCCAGCGGGGAGUGUGAGAGGCUGGAUGUCGCAUGGGAUGACUCCGUCAGCUGCGCCAGCUCACUCGCCCACUAUGGCAAUCACAGCAUGGGCCACCUGCCACUCACCACUUGCCAUGAUAACUGGGUGUAUGAACAGCCCCACUCAUCCCUCAUCAGCGAGUAUAAUCUUGUGUGUGGCAAUGCCUGGAUGCUGGAUCUCUCACAGGCCAUCCUCAAUCUGGGGUUUCUGACUGGUGCGUUCAUCCUGGGCUAUGCUGCGGACAGAUAUGGCAGAAUCCUCAUCUACCUGCUGUCCUGUCUUGGGGUUGGGAUAUGUGGUAUCAUAGUGGCAUUUGCACCAAAUUUUACUGUACUUUUGAUCUUUCGUUUUCUCCAAGGCGUGUUUGGCAAGGGAACCUGGAUGACAUGCUACGUGAUUGUGACAGAGAUCGUUGGUUCCGAUCAGAGGAUUGUUGGAAUUGUGAUUCAGAUAUUCUUUACCCUGGGGAUUAUGAUUCUCCCUGGAAUUGCAUACUUGAUUCCCACCUGGCAGGGACUCCAGCUGGCCAUUUCGCUGCCCAACUUCAUCUUCCUGCUCUACUACUGGGUGGUUCCUGAAUCUCCACGUUGGCUCCUUACACGCAAAAAGGGGGAGAAGGCAUUAAAAAUCAUGCGCAGCAUUGCAAAACACAAUGGAAAAUUUCUCUCACCACAUUACUCAGAGAUCACGGUUAGCAAUGAGGAGGUCAGCAACCCUUCCUUUCUUGACCUGGUGAGGACUCCCCAGAUGAGGAGGUGUACGCUCAUCCUGAUGUAUGCCUGGUUUGCAAGUGCCCUGAUCUACCAAGGGCUUGUCAUGCGCCUAGGAAUUGUCGGUGGAAACCUAUACCUAGACUUCUUCAUCUCAGGAGCUGUGGAGCUGCCUGCCGCUUUCCUAAUUAUAGUGACAAUUGAUCGCGUUGGCCGGCGCCUGCCCUUUGCAAUAAGCAACAUCGUGGCAGGCAUUGCAUGUCUCAUUACUGCCUUCUUGCCAGAAGAUAUCCCAUGGCUCAAAACAACAGUUGCCACGCUGGGAAGACUAAGCAUCACAAUAGCUUUUGAAGUCGUCUACCUAGUGAACAGUGAAUUGUACCCUACAACACUGAGAAACUUUGGUGUUUCCCUGUGUUCAAGCCUGUGUGACCUAGGGGGGAUAAUAGCCCCAUUCCUGCUUUUCCGAUUAGCAGCCAUUUGGUUGGAGCUGCCUCUAAUUAUUUUCAGUAUUCUCGCAGUUGUCUGUGGGCUCCUAGUAUUGCUUUUACCAGAGACAAAAGGAAUCUCAUUACCAGAGACAGUGGAGGAUGUGGAGCAGCUUUCAAGUCAUUUUGGAAAAUGUGGCAAGAAAAAGAAACACCAGGACACCAGCUCUUAUAUUUGACCUUCGAAGGACAGCACUGAGCAAAGAACUGUGUUCUCAUAUCCGGAAUUUGUUCUCCACCUGCCACCACUUCAAAAUCUGCUGCAGAAUAUGGAUUGAACUUCAUAUUAUUCUUCUAAGCAUAAGGACAUUUAAAACAAGUAGUGUAUUUUUCUAUGAAUAUGGAAUAAAUACUUUUUUUUCUGAGUACGCUAUUUGCAAGAAGAGACCACUUUGUGGUUCUUGGGAGAGAACAAGACAGCUGUAAAAAGAUGCACUAUCCAGCUCAGUGAACUUCUAUUUAUUUCUUUAUCUAAUGGAGCCAUCUGUUUAUUUCUUUUGUUUGGAUGGGGAGGGUUUGAAAUGGUACUGCUAGUUUAAGAUUUAGACGACUUUGAGGAGGAGAGGAUGAGUACUUCAACCUGUUCUCAGUUGCUCCUGAAGAAUCUGGACAAAUAGAAGAUAUGAUGGCUCAGGAAGGAGGGCAGUGAUCAGGGUGGCUCUUUCUCUGGUUGGGAGGUAUGGGAAUCAGCAGUGUGCAUCAGGAGAAUGUCUCUCUGGUUUGAUAGUCAUCCACAUGGACCCUUUGCAACAAAAGCCCUGCCUCUCUCCUUGUUCAAGGGCUUUCUGAAAUGUGGCAGCAGUCCUCUUCCUCACCUUUCCAUGGCUUUAUGUAAGGGUCAUACCCCGCACAGGGCACUAACUCUACAGGUCAGAUUGUCCUGCUGCUCAUUAGUGCCUUCCCCCAGACCCAACUGGGGUACAUGACACUCUAUUGUCCUGUCCCCUGGCCAGUGACCGCCAUAUGUCUGAGGGAAGGGCUUCUGCCUUCUCUCCCCUGUUGGAUGCUUUUCCAAACUCCUCUUUCAAGAGCAUGCUCAUUUUAUCCUUUCCAAAUCAUGCUUUCUGCCCAUCCCUACAAACCAAAUUCCUUCACCCUCACCGCUGCCAAGGUAACCUGCAAUUUCUGUAUUCUGUUCAUUAUUAUUAUUUAUCAUCUUUCUGUCUUGGAGAUAAAUUAUUUGGGUUGUUGACAAGGAUGUCUUGGGAACAUGGGCAAGGAUGAGACAGGAGCUUUGGUUAAAGAAGGAAGUGUUAGCUGAUCCCAGCUGUUUGAAGCUGACACAGAACAGACCAGCUUGGCUCUCUGGCUCUGCAAGCAGAUACCAGGGAUAGACUGCCUUCCCUUUCUGCUGUAUGACCUUCAUCAAGCAUUAGGUCCUGGCCACUGACUGGUAAACAAUACACCCCUUACAGGGAAGGACUUGAAAAGAUAUGUUGUUCAAAAGGUAUCCUAUUACCAACAGAGAAAUAAACAAACAAAAGAAAGUCAAUGAGGUCUUGUAAAGGGCCUUGUAAGCUCAGAAAAUAACAUAUUUGGCAUAAACAAAUAUAGGACUGAGUUUUGAAGGUUCAUACCACAAAUAAUUAGCACUACAUUACAGUCGGUGAAACUGAAUGAUUACUGCUCCAGUCUCACCAUCCUAAGAACAUAUAUAGGCAGGUGCCUGCACAGGAGGAUUUCCUGUGGUGAGGAAUAUACUGUGCCUUUCAACAAUUCCAAACUCUCCCUGCCUUUUCCCAGCAACUGCCCUUAUCACCAGCUUUGCUGGAGGAAAAUAGGACCUUUAAUACUAAUCUCAGGCUAAUGUUUGCAUACUUUAGGCAGUUAGUGAUAAAGGCCUGUCUUUCAAGGCUGUUUCUAACUUCCUCUGAGGCACAGUAAAGGUCAAUGGGAUGCUUAGCAGAAGUCAGUAAAGACUGAAAGAUAUGAAACUAAACAAGCAUCUCACAAUGUAUCUGGCUAAUCUAGAAGACAACCCCAAACUAGAGCUACUGCUACAGGGAAAAAACUUCUCCUACACCAACAGUCUUCUGUAGAUAGCUGAAGACAAUGUCCCAAGGCUGACUGGCAGAGACCAGUGUUGAACUGGAAGCUGCGGGCUUGCCCUGGCCAGGUGCUGUGUCUCAGUGCAGGGUGGAGGGUGCAGGCACCUGUGUGCAGAACUCAGCCUUGCCUUCCCUGCACCCAGCCAGCCCACACCGCAGGCAUGACCCUUGGAGAGUCAGGGGGAAGCAAUCAGAUGUGAUGCAUUUAUUUGCUAAAAAUUCAUUUUGUAAAGGACAGCAGAAAAAAGCCUCUGUAUAUGUUUUGACUGCUAAAUGAUAGUAGGUAGUGGCUUCUGGUGAACCUUGUAUUUGGUAAUUGCUCCUGUGCUAAGUCUUAUCCCUAACAGAGGAAUUAAGUCAAAAAAUCCUUCCGUCUCUAUGAGCCUUUGUGUUGGGUUUAAGCUGUUGUGAGAGAGGACAGAUGAGGUGGUGGAAGCAGAGGGAGAGCUUCAGCAUGGAGGAACCCCAGGGGAAACCAGCUGCACGGAGGUGCAUGCACCAGGUUAUGCAGACCACUGUACAGGAUGUUGGUUUAAAAAAAAAAAGUUAUUCUAAAUUUGUAUGUGCCUCAAACCACUUUAUACAUAUGGGAAAGUCCUACAAACUUCUCAGGAGGCACAUCAGUAUUCUUCUGAGCUUCACGGGUUGACACUAAAAUGACUGAUGUGACCCUGUUAACCCAGUGGGAGGCACCUCUUCAAGUAGGGACCAAACACUGUCAGCUACAGUUAUCUUGCAUUAGAGGCUCAGUGAGAGAUGUGGGGUACACAGCAGACAAAGGAUCACCCUGCCAUCACCAAAGGCACAUGAACAACCUGACCACAGAAACCCAGGAGCUAUGUUCUUGCCACCACCAAAGAGGUUCCUUGGACCAACAAAAAGGUGAAUGUGCUAUUUGGCUCAAAUGUGCUGCUGCCACCAAAUGUACUGGGUUACUUCAUCUAGUUUGUGCAAAUGGUUACUGAUAAGUGGCAAUUUUUAUUGCCGCUGACACUCUCGCAGAAGGAAAGGCUAUGAAAUGACACUUCUGUAGCCACUCAGGCAUGUCCAGGCAUUUCUAGAUAGUUUGGGAAGGACAGCAAGGCCACUGGUUUCUCUGUCUACAAGGCAGAGAAUUAACAAGGUAUUAACCAUGCCUUCAUGAGUUCACUACUGAGAGCUUAACAAAUCAAAGACCAAGCUGCAACACAGAAUUUCUGUUGUCAGGAAAGUAUUGUACAGAUUUCUUGGCUAGCUUAGUGAUCAAAGUGAAUAUAUAUGGAAAAUAUACAGGAGGAUAUUUGUGCUCAGCGAACACUGCUGACCAGAUAGGUGAGUGCAGUGUGCUUUAUCAGAGCUGUUCCCACUCAGGAAGGCAAUGCCCUGAGAAGAUUGUAUCUCCCAGAGUCAGACUCCAGAUGUAGAGCCGAUUCCAGAUGCAAAAGCUUCAAAAAUCAUCCUGCCACCUUACUAUGCUUUAUAGUUCUCAUCUUCCUUUAAGGCUAUGGGGAGAAAAAGAAAAAAAAAGAAAAAAAAAAGAUGAUGCUCUUGGGAUGUAACCCAUCUCUUUUGUAUGUACAUACCUACGAAAAAUUAAGACAAUUUAAAAAUGACACAUAGCUUGGCAUGCCUGGGAGUGGACCUCCACACUGCAGAAAAUGGACAAGACAAAUCCCACCCCAGGAAGUAGCUGUGUUACUUGAGUACACUCAGCACACCCUGGGGAUGCAGAAAGGACCCCAUGCAGAGCCAGGAGUCUCCACAUGCCUGUAGAGUGCUCCCUAGCUGACAUGCAAGGGGUGCAGGAUGAGAGCAGGGGUUCAUAGCUAGCAAGUGUUUGACUUUGGCAAGUAUGAGUCGAGCUUUCCCUAGAAAGCAUUUCUAAAGGUUUAAGCUUUCAUUUCUUGUAUCCACAGACAUGUGUACGUGAUUUUCUUUUAGAGAAGAAAAAUGUACAUCUAACAGUUACGUAGUCAGAUAAAGUUAUACAAUGAAAUAAAUGGGUACUAUGGACAACACAAUUUUAUAGAAUGUUAAAUGCAUUGUCAUUACUUGCAGCAUGGAUUGUCAGCUAUUUCUCUGACUUUACUAUGGACUAACUUUAGGACGAGUCUAUUUUUUAUUCACUGCUUUAUGUCUUUGAUGCAACAUUUGUAUUUUUGCUGACACAUAGAUGUCCAUGUCAAUAAAAAAUAUGAAAAUACAAA